AUGGUUUCUGGCCUCGGGGACACAGGCGUUUCUAUUGAAGGAUGCACAGUCAAUGUUUGUAUGCGUUCUUGCAUCUCCGACUAUUCUGUCAGUCUUCAAGCUGUUGUGACGUCAACAAUCACUAACAGCCAUCCGAACUUUCCCAUUGACAUCGACGGUUGGGCGAUUCCAUCUAACAUUCAGUUAGCUGAUCCAGCCUUCAAUCGUCCGCAGCGCGUGGACCUGCUGAUUGGUGCAAGCCUAUUCUACGGCUUGUUAUGUGACGGACAGAUUGACCUUGGAGAUGGAUUGCCUAUCCUUCAGAAGACCCGCCUUGGUUGGAUCGUUGCUGGUGGUGGAGACGGUACAAUGCAGACAGCGGAAAAUGUUUCUGAUGAUAAUAACGAACAGCAGCAAUGCCAACGGAUGGGACUCGCCAGUGUUGUGCAGUGCAUGUCCAAGCAGAUGGACAAAUUGAGCUGUCAGGAGAAGUCACAGACAACGCUUGCCGAGACAAAUGCCGGGCUGCAGCAGACGCAGCGCAAUUGCGAAGAGCUGCAACAGCAGUUGCACGACAGGGAUGUGGAAUGGACGCAGCGUCAGCAGGAGUUGGAGCAUCUGCAACGCAGCAAGCUGGAAGAAGCAUACGACAAAAUGCAGGAAGUGCAGCUGCUGGCCAAGGAGCGUUUCCUUGAGCUCGAAUCCCAGCUGCAGGCUAAAUAUGAUGAGAAGAGGCAGGCGCUGCAAGCGUAUCACUACGAAAUGGCCCAUCAUCUGCGUCACAAGCAGGAUCAGCUGAAUGCCGCCGAGCAGCAAGUGCUGCAGCUGCAGACACGCAUUCGCGAUCAGGAAGCGCUGGAGCAGGUAAAGGAGCUAGGCAAGGAGCUGCAAUCGCUGCGCACCAGCACCGAGAUGAAAGAGCGUGAUGGCGGGAGGAGUAUCUGA